AUUGCACUCUUAUCGUAACCUGAUCAAAUUUUUCCUAAUACUUGCGGAUUUACCGUUGUAACGGGUAGAUCGUGAGAAAAAAUUUUUGUUUUAACUUUAAACAAGGGAUUUAUAACUUGUUAAGGUGUUCCGUCAGGCCAACAUUUAAACUCAAGCAGUGUGGUUUUUAGCUAUCUGUUGAUCUUUCCGAUUGUCUAAACUGAAGAUAUUAUCAGUACUCUAUAGUUUUAUAUGCUUUUCGUUAGUGGGCCGAACUGUCAUUAAAGUAGUAGGUAUAAAUUUGACGUCAUGUUCAGACAAACUCUCCAAUCAGAGACCAGAAUUCUGUUUGGGUAAGGAAUAUGCUUCAACUAGUGUCACAUGGUUCAUCCAUUUACCGGAAAGUCAGGAACUACAAAAGUAUCAGGAAUACAUCACUUUUCAUCAUGUUACAUAACUGUGAACGAGAGUUGACUUCGGAGGUCAAACGACAUAUUUACAAUUUAUCAGAAACAUGCAGAAAAAUCUUAGAGAUUACAAUUUCAAACAGUGGAAAUAAGUCUUAAAGAAUGAUUUAAGUUAUUUAAUUAAAAUAUAUAAGUAAUUAAUUUGUAAUGUAGAAAAUUAUAGUAACCUGGCGUUCAAGUAGACACUGUCAAAGUCUGUAAACGCCAAAUCAUAAGUACACGGAAUGCUUUCAAAUAGGAUAAUUAACAAUACUCUAACUGGAUAUUUUGUCUUGUUCUUACUAAUUGGUUCAUCCUUACAAUGUGGUCCUACCCGAGGACCUGGAAGGCGGCGGAGGCCGGGUAAAAUGACAGUUCUUGUUUAUAAGCAACAUGUUCCAAAUGUCUCAGAAAACACGAUUGGUGCAAGUGGAGUUCCAGAAGGAAAAAUUUCACGAAAUGAUCCCAGAUUUAAAGAUCUUGUGAAAAACGAAAAUCCCAACAUCAUAUUCAAAGACGAAGAAGGAACCGGUUCUGACAAAUUAAUGACACAGAGAACCAAAGACAAACUACAAGCGCUUGCUGUCUCAGUGAUGAAUACAUGGCCUGGUGUUAAAUUGAGAGUUACAGAAGCGUGGGAUGAAGAUAACCAUCAUUGCAAAGAUUCUCUCCAUUAUGAAGGUAGAGCUGUAGAUAUAACAACCAGCGACAGAGACCGGUCAAAAUAUGGAAUGUUGGCACGUUUAGCUGUAGAAGCGGGUUUUGAUUGGGUGUUUUAUGAAUCACGUGGUCAUAUCCAUUGUUCUGUCAAAUCAGAAUCGUCCGCUGCAAAUAACAUUGGAGGAUGUUUCAGUGGCGAAUCUUCUAUACAGUCAGAAACAAGAGGAUAUAUUCAAAUGAAAGACCUACAUACAGGAGAAAGAGUGUUAAGUCAAAAAGUUGAUGGGGUUCCAGUUUUUAGUGAGGUCAUCAUGUUUCUUGAUAAAAACAGUCAUAAGCAGGCCACAUUUAUUCAUAUUGAAACAGAGGAUCAUUUUUCACUUGAAAUCACAGACAAGCAUUUAAUAUACGUAUCAAAAACAAACUAUUCAGAUGACUUUUCAUCGACAUAUGCCGAAGAGGUUCAAGUGGGCCAAUUUGUGUUAGUUUCGAACAGUGCAAACAAUUUUAGACCGUCAAAAGUUGUUGCAUUAACAAAAAAGACUUCAAGUGGAGUGUACGCCCCACUGACGAUAGAGGGUAAUAUUGUUGUUGACGGUGUACUCACUUCCUGUUACGGUGUCAUAAAUAAUGAAGUUAUAGCGCAUGCGGCUUUUGCCCCCGUUAGAGCGGUACACUGGAUACUGCAAUACAUAUCAUAUCCAUACGCAAUAGACAGUGAUUCUGAGGGUGUCCACUGGUACGCUGAUGCGUUAUAUAAUAUUGGAACACAAUUUUUUGAUAAAAGUGUCCUGUAUAGAGUAUGAAACAAUACAUUGUAAACAUUUGGAAAUAUUUUGUGAUAAUUUAUUUUUAAAUUAUUGUUCAUACCAAGAACAAAGUGUUAAUUGUACAAAGACAAGUUCAUUUUGAAUUUAUUUAUUGCUUCAAGGUGCCUGUCCAAUAUUUAAUGUGCUGUUACAAUUGUAUGCUUAAAACGGGUAAUUUGAUGCAACAUGCCCGAAAUAACAAAGUGUAGUUAGAUACAUAUCUGUGGGCAUCAGAAUCUCAUUCUUUAAAAUUGAAAAUAUUAAUGGGUACCAUACAAGUGAGAAAAUACCUUAAAGAAAAUUGUACCGAAGAAAUUGAGUUUUUAGGUGUACGAAAAUAUGUGAAACACGGCCACAUUUUUUUUUCUUUUUCAAUUGUUAUGUUUGUUCUAUUAAAUAUUGAUGUUGUAUUUCUAGGUUUGUCCAUUAUUAUUCAGCGACAAAUAUCUCUCUAAAAAACAUCACAAUGGUAUCAACAGAGCAUGCUUUUCAUAGAAUAAAAAAUUGGAUGCUAGGUUUUUGAUUAUAUACUUAAAAUUUACUAUUAUAUUGAUUAUUUUAUUUUCUCGUUGAAAAAAAAACAAAAAAUAGUUCUGUCUAUGUAGAAUAAAAAAAAACAGAUCAGAUAAAAAUGAGAUAUCUUGAAAAAAGUCAAUGGUGCAAAUAUUAAACGAUAAUUAAAAUUUAUUAUUGUUCAUACAUGGUCUUUUCUUUACUGCUAAAAAUGGCCCGUUUGUAGUAUACAAAAUAUUGCAUUGUUAAGUUUUGUGAUAUGUUGUAUAGUAUUUGUAUAACAUUGUACAUAUUUGUUCAUUCUUAUUUUGUUAUGGCUUAUAUGAUAUAGAUGAAAGGGAGAAUUGUAAAUAACUGAAUCUAUUAAUUCCGUCAGUUAUAUAUGUCUUGCAUCAGCUGGCAGUAUAGUGCAAAGAAAAUAUCUACUUUAUGAAAAUGUGAUGACUUUUCAUUCCAGUGAAUUAUCAUUUACACUUUUUAUCAUUUUUUUCCUUAAUUAUUGUUUUUUUUUCUUCUUAUUUUUUAUAAUAAUUUUUUAUCAAAUUUAUCAAUUUUCCUUAUUCAUAUGCAUUCCACUAUAAAUAUUCCAUACAGCUAAAAAAAGUUCGAAGAAAAGUAACUCUUGUCGAUAUUACUUAAUAUUCACAAUAAGAUUUUAUUUAUCAGCUUAAUUUUUCAACGUUUUCUUUGUACGAUAUCUAAAACUAAGUGGUUAUUGCAUGACAUUUUUUAUUUGGAGGGAUGAAAAUUUGUGAAAACGUGUUUAGAAAAGGUUUUCUCCGGUGUUUCUCUCCAUAAGAUAUCAAAUUACUGAUUCUAUAUAAAUAUGAUUACAUUUUGACAUCAUAAAUAGUCUGAACGUUGCUUCCGAUUAAUAUAAUUGUGUUGCCGUAUUGCAUUCAACUAGAAUAUGGGAUCAAAUUGUUCAUCGUAUGAGAGGUUAAAUUAUAGAAAGAAAGUUAAACUAGCUAACGACUUCAUUUUCAUAUUCAAAUUUAAAAAAAAAUCAAGUUUUGAGAGAUACUAACUAAUUUUUCCAAUGUUUAAGCAAUAAUUCUGUAUAUGAAUUAAAAAUUCGAGAAUUUGCUUUAAUAUGGAAAUCAUCUGUUCAAUGUGCAUUAUUGUUUUGUCGCCAAAUUUUUUUUAAUUUUCAAAAUUUUGAAAAAAUCCUUUUGCAAGAUUUACAUGAUUUGAAGUAUUGUUCACGAUUACCAUCCAUUUCAAGCAAAAAUAUGUCAAUGUGACAUAAUAGUACCUAAAUCUUAAAACAUGUACACAACAAAUACUUCAAUACCAUGUUGUACACUUAUUUUCAUCAUACAUUUACCUUUAUAUAUUAUUGUGCAAUAGAGAUACGAUUUUCAUUUUUUUUUUCAUAUCAUAUGUUUUGUGACUGUAUUUAGUUAUAAUAAGUACACAUUAGAAUAUUACCUCCUUCCAAUGAAAAUGUUAAAUAAUUUCAUUUAUUGAAUUUUCCCUUUUCUCGUUUUUACCACUAAAUUUGAAUAAGCUGUAUUUGUAUAUUUACAAAAAAAAUCAAUGGUGCGCUUUUAAAUAGUAUGGUGCAAAAUUGCUGUCAAGCCACAUCAAUUUAACAAACUUUUUUGUGCUUUAGUUUGAUCUCUUUUUUAGGUGCUGAAUUUGCAUUUUCCACUGUCGCGUAACUGGCAAGAUAAUUAACAAGUACUUUUUAUUGAUUGAACAAUUGCUCUAGAUUGCAAAGUUGUAAGUAAAGUAGAUUGUCUUUUGUUGAAAAUAAAAAUUCGAAUAGUG